UAAGUGAUUAGUGAGUGUUAUUUUGUUAUUCAAUUUAGUUUGUAAAUAAUCUAAAUUAGAACUUUUUUGUUCCCAAAUGUUUGAACUGAAAAUUGAACCUGAAUUCAAGUGUAUGGAACAUAACCUACUUUCUGGUGUAUUUAUAGUGUAUAAAUCAAAAUUCGGGGAAGAAACAGUUUUGGGCUGUGCCUGUUAGUCCUUCCCCAAUCAUUUUAAAGAAUUGUGUUCGGUUUAUCAAUAGUCAAUAAAUAAAUAACGAGCGAAGCUCGGUGCCCCGAUAUUAGAGAAAUACAAACUACUAUAAACUAGCCAUUCUUUAUUCUCGUGUUUGACUUUUGGUUGGAUUACAAUAUAAAAAAAACAGAACAGAUUUAUAAAAAAAAGUUAUUAAAAAGACAGGAAUCAAAGAUCUGUAUAAUCUAAUUUGAUAUUUGAUUGGGGGCCCCUUGCAUAUGCGACAUUUGAAGGCUAGGUUCAAGCCUGCUGAAGUCAGUUAGAAAGUAAUCAUUAGGCUAUAGAAAAUUUGAAUUUGUUCCAGAUCCAUCUGGUGAUGCAAAUCAUCAUGAAGAGAAUGAGGACGAACAAGGAAAUUACAAUGAAAACGAGGACAACAAAAGUAUUGAUGAAAUUUUGUUAGGUGAUGAUUCUGACGCUGAUAGACUAUGUGCCUGGAAGUGAGGAAAGCUCAGAAUCGGACAGCAAUAAUAAUUAUAGGCCCAUAUAAUUUUCCAAAAAAAUAAGGUAGGUCAGAUAAGCAAUGACGCAAUACAAAACUUAAUUGCUGAAGAUUUAUAUCCAAGCAGUAAUGAUGAGAAUAUUCCAGAUAAUGAAGCUGUUUUUGAAGAGGUAGAAGUUGUCAAGAGUAAAGUGAAUAAUAAAUCUCACUGCACACAGAAAGGGAAAAACGUGUGGUCCAUGCUAAUGAUUGGGCAAGUAGUAUUCGGAAAAGAAAACUUGCAGGGGGAAAGUUGUUCCUGCGAGAUUAAUGAAGCCAUCUUGUAAUUGCAGGUUGAAAUGCUUUGAUAAGUUACCAAAGAAUGAACGGCAAAAGAUUUUUGACUCUUACUGAAGUGAGGAAAAAGGACUAUAGAUGUUAAGAGGCAGUUUAUCUCAUCAUGUCUUGAAAGCCAGAGAUCCGUAAGAAUCAAGGAAAAGAAAUGAAAAUUCUACUUAAUCAAAAGAUAAAUCACUGCUCUACUAUUAUUUUACAGUAAAUAUGAAUCGACUUGGGGUGUGUAAGGUCAUGUUUUUUGAACACACUUUCAGUUUCUAACACAGUAGUGUUGAAUAUGUCAAUCAAUAUGUUGAAGAAACUUGAACCAGGGUCUUAGUACAAGAAUAUAAAGGAGGUAGGCAGACACCAAGCAAUAAAACUCCUGAUGAAAAUCAAAAACCUUGUCAAACAACAUAUUUCUUCUUUCCCACAAUAUGAGAGUCAUUACUCAAGAGAGGAGAGUGAGAGGAAAUAUUUGCACACAGAGCUAAUCAUAGAAAAAAUGAAUGAACUUUAUACUGACUGUAAUGAAAAAAAAACAUUGAUCAAAAAUUAAGAGCUAAGAAAUAAAUGGUUGUACUAUGAUAUUUUCAACAAACAGUCCAAGUUUUCAUUUAAACCUCCUGAAAUAGACACCUGUGAUACAUGUGAUAUUUUCAAUGCUAAGCUUAAGAAUGAUUUGAGUCAAGAAGAGAGAAUGUAUAAAGGCAGAUCAUGAUGCACAUCUCAAUGAAUCUAGAAUGAGGUAUGACUUGAAAAAGCGUGACACUACUAUGGCUAAAGGCUCACCAAGACACAAAGAAACAACUGGAGAUCUGCAGAAAUGCUUACUAUCACCACUCACAACGAACUGCAUUAGUUUCUAUAAAAGGAAGCUUUGGACAUUGAAUUUCACAUUGUAUGAUUCAUCAGACUCCUCAUUGCACUGCAUGAUGUAGAUGAAUCGAAAGGUGCCCGUGGAGGAAAUUAAAUUGCCUCCUCAAUUUUGAAAUGGGCGGAUAGUGUGAUUCCUGGUAGUGCAAUAGAAGAUAAUCAUACUUUGGACCGACAAUAGCUAUGGCCAAAAUAAAAACAUAAGUGUUGUCAUGAGUUUUUUUAUGCUUCAUAAAUCAAUCAAUCCCCAGAUUGAGGCAAUAAUAAAGAAGUUCCUACUGAAAGGUCAUACCCAUAUGGAGGCUGACGGUGUGCAUGCUUUAAUUGACAGAAAGAGAAAGAAGCUCAAUAAUCUUGCCAUUUUAACACCAUGCGACUGGCAACAGCUAGUGAGGCAAGUAAUUACACAGUCCAUAACAUGCAACUCUUUGAUUUCAAGAACUUCAAUUCACUAUUUGAUAGAAGGCAAUCAUGUAAACCCCCUUUUGUGAAUAGAAAGAAGGACAUCAACAAAGACCACUUCUAUUAUCAACGUGUGUCCAGCUACAAGUCCACCAGGACAAAAUUGGAAAACUAUUCUUGAGAAACGAUUUCAAUGGUGAAAACCAAGAGAUAAACCAAGUGAGAUUUCCUAGACAAGGAGUAUAGUUCCCAGAAACACAACCAAAUCUCAACAGGUUCCAUACCAAUUUCAGAACAAAACUACUAUGACAUUAAUUAAUUGUUGCCUUUUCUUCCCACCAUCUGUCAUGACUUCUAUAGAAAUUUGACUCAUUUGAAUCAAACCACUGAAUAUCCACUAGAAGAUGAUGAUAACAUAGAGAUACAGUAAGAAGUUCAGCAUUCAUCCCAUAUCCUAGUAAGUAGUUAAGUAGGUAGUAGUAAUUAACCCUGAAUGAUAACUAAUACAAAAUGUUGUAUUUAUUAGAAUAAAACCAUGAAGAAUAAGUAAAAUUUGUAAUUUAUUUUCAUGACAAAUACCAAUACUGAGGCAACUAUUGACAAGAUUUUGAGAGGAACAAAACACUAUGUCCACUACAUGCAUUUCAAAAUUCAAUAAAAAAAAUUGAAUGGAUUUUUGGAUUCAUGAUGAGAUAUAUUAAUAAAGAAUAAUUAUAUACGACAUUGUGUUGUAAUGUUGUCAACUUUUCACUAAUUGCUGUUUGAAGUUGAAAAAGUUGUAAACUGCUCUCCUGAAAAAUUAGGAAAUUGGACAUAGUGUCUUGUGCCUCCGAGGUACAGAUAUUUAGGAUGUUUAAAAUCUUAACCACUGCUCGUGGAAUUGAACUCGAAACUCAUAUAUUAACAGCUAUUGAACAUUUGAACAUGUUAUGGGUAGGGUACUCGGAAUUGAAGAGAAUCAAUCAGAAAAGUCAAGAAGUCUUUAAUCAGCACUUGAAUAUUUCAUGAAUUGAAAUUCAUCGGCAUAUUUAUCUAGAUCAGUGGUUCCCAAUAAGUGGUUUGCAAAAGCUAUGGAGGAUUGAUGUUUUGCGGUUUAUUAGUGUUUUUUUGCUCUAUUAAAGUACAAUAAAUUUACCUUCGAAAAUGCUAUACCAAAAUCAUGGUAAAUUCAAAAUAUGUUUGCAAUCGGUAGAAGGAGUGAUCCAAGAUAAGUUCGGUAGAAGAAAAGUUUCAAGUUUUCAAUGCAAUAAGAUAUGAUUAUAAAGUUUGUUACGAGUCCUAAUGGCGGAUUUGUACCACGUGAUCGAGCAAGCCAAUCAAAAGUUUGACAGUCAAUGGCCAUACUGUGGUUUUAAUUACUGUAGUCGUACCUAACCUAGGUUUUUGAAUUAUCAACAACCGAUUAUAUCAACGAUUGAAUAAAAAAGGAGCGAAUCCUUCGCUUCUAUUGUACAUUUUCAACGUAUUAUUAUCUAUUAUAAAAUUUAAAGUAUAAAAAUAAUGUUUCAUCAAUCGAGUAUUUCAUGAUUAAUAUUCAAUACCAUUUAAUUGAUGGAAUUGGACAUUACUCGCCUUUUCACAACUAUUUCAAUAGAGAACGUCUAUUGUUGAGCUCCAAAAGCUAAUAUAAACAAAUAAGACCUACAUGAAUCCACCAUUUUCUUGUUCAUUUACUAUGUUAUAGGUGUCUGGCUUGGUCCUACAGAAGGGACAAUGGCCAUUCUGAAGAAUCUUCAUUUCAAAAUCAUCAACGUGGAACACCUGUAAAACAGAAAUAAGAUAAAGACUAGCCCUAUACAAUAUUAUUUAAUUUGUGAAAUUGCUUUGAUUUACUUACUUACUUUACUUUAGUUGGCUCUACAGUCCUGGGUGGACCUUGGCCUCCUCAACACAAUGCCUCCAAUCGUCUCUUCUCUGGGAUCUUUGCCGCCAGUUGCUUUGAUUUGUUUACUCCAAAUCAUGAUGUGCCUCACUUUGUCAACAAAAUUCGCCAAUGGGAUUUAUUACUUCUGAAAACCGAAAUAAUGCCUCGCAGAAAGUCAAAUUUUGGCCGUCUCACGGAGACGGCUUUCGAAUAUGACUGUGGAAGAGCGAGCAUCCGUACGAGAGAGGAACAGGCUAAGCACCAUCCAGACACGCAACGUAGACCCAGCAGAAAGACGAGCAGCCAGGCUUGAGGAUGCACGAUUGCGAGCACGUCAGUCGCGUUCUGCAGCAACAAAUUUGGUUCGUUUUGAACGAAAUGAACGCGAAAGGGUGAGGAUAGCUGAAACACGAACAGAAAGAACAGCUGAUCUGCAUCUGGAAUACAAUCGUCUUGCGUUCCGGUACAAUCCAGCUGUUGAUUAUAGUUCAAGUCAGCAUGUUGUCAUUGGUCAGAUGAGUCAUGUAUGUAGCUACUGCCAGGCUCUAAAGUUUAAUAAUGAAACGAAAGGGAUGUGUUGCGCUGGCGGAAAAAUCAAAUUGCCUCAACUUGAUGCACAACCACAGCCAUUCAAAACUUUACUUGCUGGAUCUACCGCUGAAUCGAAGCAUUUCUUAUCGAACAUCAGGAAAUAUAACUCUUGCUUCCAAAUGACGUCAUUUGGUGCGGAAAUCGUGACUGCUCAAUUUAUGCCAACUUUUAAAAUCAAAGGGCAAAUAUAUCACAAAGCUGGCUCCCUGCUCCCGUUCUCAGAUAGUGACCAUAAAUUCCUACAAAUUUACUUCAUUGGUGAUGAUAGAGAUGAAGUAGAUGCACGUUGUGGAAUACAUAACUCUCUAAGAAGAUCCAUUAUUUCGCAGCUGCAGGAGCUCCUUCACGAAAGGAACAAUUUGGUGCGUUUGUUCAAAACAGCAAUUGAUAUAAUGCCAUCAGAUACCCACAAAAUUCUUAUUCACGCAGACAAAACUCCCGCUGGAGAACAUGUCCGGAGAUAUAAUGCUCCAACUAUAGACGAAGUAGCAAUAAUUGUCAUAGUUGGAGAUCAGUUCCAACCUAGAGAUAUUGUUCUCCAUCGAAGAAAUAAUCAAUUAAUAAACGUAGCAGAAACUCACCGUUGUUACGAUGCUUUACAAUAUCCAGUGAUCUUUUGGGAUGGUGCUAAUGGAUAUCAUUUCAAUGUGAAAAUGAUAAAUCCAGUAAAUGGUGCAGAAAUCAAUAAAAAGUGCAGCUCAAUGAACUUUUACGCAUACCGCUUAAUGAUUCGGAGGAACGAGGACAAUCAUAUUUUUAAAUUCCGUCAGUUAUUUCACCAGUACCUUGUGGAUAUGUAUGCAAAAAUUGAAACGGAACGUUUGCUAUUUCUCCGUUUGAAUCAGACUAAACUACGCUCUGAAGAAUAUAUUCAUUUGCGAGAUGCAGUUGUGAAUGACGGUAAUACAACCAGCGUUGGAAAGCUAACUAUUUUGCCAUCUUCAUUCAUUGGCAGUCCACGUCACAUGCAAGAAUAUGCUCAAGAUGCAAUGUCAUAUGUUCGUCAUUAUGGGCGUCCAGAUUUAUUUAUCACUUUCACAUGCAAUCCAGUUUGGGACGAGAUACGGCAGCUGUUACUUCCUGGGCAAUCACACGUGGAUAAGCAUGACAUUAUAGCACGUGUUUUCCGACAAAAGCUUAAAUCGCUGAUGGAUUUCAUUGUGAAACUUGAAGUAUUUGGAUCUGUGCGCUGCUGGAUGUAUUCAGUGGAAUGGCAGAAGAGAGGGACUAUUUUAUUAAAAUGGAGAUUCUCAGUGUUCCCUGUCUCUAUAUUUUGGAAAUGUGUGUAUAUAUUAGAAGGUGUUCACUACAGACUAUUAAUAAGACGCAUGAAUAUAAUACACGGCAUAAGAGUACCUUCUCGGAAUAUCAUAAAUUGACUUUGUAUGAAGAAAAACCCAGUUAUAUUGGUAGAAAGAUUUACCAAGUACUACCAAUUCGGUUGCGGGAAAUAUUAACGAUAAAAAAGUUUAAACGAAGAUUGAAAUUAUUUCUAAAGGAGGAAUGCUUUUAUAGUCUGAAGGACUAUUUUGAUUACUGUAAUAGAGUCAAAGACAAAUAGUAAUUAAAUACUAGAUAUAAAUUUAAUGAAAAAUUAAUGGUGUCUCGCUUUUGCUAGCACUUUGACUUGUCUGACGCUGUUGAGGCCAACCAGACGUAAUAUAUAUCUAUCUAUCUAUCUAUCUAGAGGAUUGCCACAUGCGCAUAUACUAAUCUGGCUCUACAAUAAAAUAACUUCAGACGAAAUCGAUGACGUGAUAUGCGCUGAGAUACCACGGGCUGACGGCGAUGAGGAUUUGCAUGCAGUGAUCAUCAAAAACAUGAUACAUGGACCAUGUGGUACACUAAAUCCAAAUUCACCAUGCAUGGUAGAUGGGAAAUGCUCUAAGCAAUUACAGCCAACAGGCGACGGUUUAAGCAACAGUAACAGGCGACGAUGGAUAUCCUCGGUAUAGAAGACGAUCAACUGAAGAUGGUGGAAAUUCGGCAACUAUACACAUGCAAAAUGGUGAUAUUGAUGUAGGCAACCGUUGGGUGGUUCCAUAUUCUCCUUUACUGUCAAAAACAUACCAAGCCCACAUAAACGUAGAAUAUUGUAAUUCCGUGAAAUCAAUUAAAUAUAUCUGUAAAUAUGUUGAUAAAGGCAGCGAUAUGGCAGUUUUUAGUGUGCAAUCUGAUAAUUUUGACAAUAAUGCAGUACGAGAUGUUGAUGAAAUUGCUCAAUACCAGGCUGGAAGAUACAUAAGCAGCAAUGAGGCUGCAUGGCGAAUUUUUUCAUUUCCCAUGCAUGAACGCAAUCCAGCUGUGGUUCACUUGGCAGUACAUUUAGAAAAUGGACAGCGUGUUUAUUUCACAGAUGCAAAUGUGCAAGAAAGAGCCCUUAAUCCACCUGGUACAACUCUGACUGCUUUUAUCACCUUAUGCCAGGAAGACGCUUUCGCCAGAACACUAAUGUAUUCAGAAGUUCCCUCUUACUACACAUGGAAUGUAACUAGAAAAGUAUUUGUACGGCGCAAACGAGGGGAGCCAGUCGACGGUCACCCUGGCAUUUUCAAAGAAAAUACAAUUGGUAGACUUUAUACAGUGCAUCCCAAUCAAGAUGAAUGUUUUUUCCUUCGCAUGUUAUUGGUAAAUGUGCCUGGUCCUAGAUCUUUCCAGCAAUUAAAAAUAUUUGACGGCGUCACACAUGCCACUUUUCGCGCUACGUGUCAAGCUCUGAAUUUAUUAGAAAAUGACCAACAGUGGAACAUAUGCAUCAAUGACGCGUGCAACACUGCACAUCCAAACCAAAUUCGCGCAUUAUUCGCAAUUAUAUUGACCGCUUGCUUUCCUUCAUCUCCCACAGAGUUAUGGGAAAGAUAUCGUUCGCAUAUGGCUGAGGAUAUUUUGCAUAGAGUACGCCUUGAAAAUGCCAAUAUGACCUUAGAAUUUACAGAAGCCAUUUACAACGAAGCAUUGAUAAAUAUUGAAGACAAGUGCUUAGCUAUUACAAAUAAAGUUCUUAGUCAAUUAGGAAUGCCAGCACCAACCCGAACUGCGACUGCUGCAUUUGAUGGAGUUAUUCUCACGACAGUUACUGGAAAUUGGAAACGGUCAGCUGCCAGUUGAUGAGACGU